AUGGAUAAUAACAAGGAAAAAAGAAUAUUUAUUUUAAACUAAAAACAAUUAAAUUAUUGUGAUAUAAAAUAAGAUUAUUAAAAUCUACAGUUAAACGAUUAUUAACUACUUGUUUAAGGUAAACAGAAAUUAAAUUUAUACUAAAGAAUAAGACCAUACUUAAAAAGACUAAUCUUAUUUGUUAUAAUAUUACUAACAUCUAUAUUAUUGUUUUUACAAACAUACAAUGUUUCAUAAUAAAAAAAACCUUUAGAAAAUCCGAACGAACAAUUUUUUCAAAAUAAUUGGUUAGAUAUAACAGAUUAAAUAAUAAAACCUAAAACAAUAAAAAGCAAAUUCGAAAGUAUAAAACUAAAAGAAAAUAAUUUAAAAGUACUUUUAAUAUCUGAACCUAAUUUACCCUUAAGCGCAGCUUCUUUAGACGUAAAAGUAGGCUCUUUUAAUAAUCCAGAUUAAUUAUAAGGACUUGCACAUCUUUUAGAACAUAUGCUAUUUAUGGGAAGUGAAAAAUAUCAGGAUGAUAAUUUAUUUUUUGAUUUAAUAUCAAGAAAUGGAGGAUAAGCUAAUGCAUUUACUGCAAAUGGAAAUACAAAUUAUUAUUUUUAAAGCACAAACAAUAAUUUUGAGUAACUAUUAGAAGUAUGGAGUCGAUUUUUCAUUGACCCUCUUUUAAAAGAAGAUUAACUAGAGCGAGAAAUAUAAGCAGUAGAUUCUGAAUAUGUGAAUAGUUUAACCGAUGAAGCUAAUAGAAUAUACGAAUUAUUAGUUAAUAUAAGUGAUAAAUAACAUCCUAUUAAUACUUUUGGCUGUGGAAAUUUCGACUCUUUAAUGAAGAAUCCUAAAAAUACAUACUUUGCCUUAAGAGAGUUUCUUUAAAAAUUUUAUUUUGCCGAAAAUAUGACUUUAGUAGUAAAAUCAAAGAAGUUUUAUGUUUUAAGAAUUUAUUGA